AUGAAGUCCAAGCAACCCCAGUCUACCUUACCAACAACGGCGGCCGGCGCGCAAACUGCCUCUCCAACACACAUUCGAUCUAAAUCUACUGUCCCGUCUGCUACCUCUCUCACUCAGGUGACUACUGGUAACAUCUCUCGAUCUAUAUCCGCCUGCAAUCGAUGUCGCUCUCGAAAGACAAAGUGCGACCAGUUAUUUCCUGCAUGCACGGCCUGCGCGAAGGCAAACGUAGAAUGUGUCGGUGUCGAUGCUGCGACUGGGAGGGAGAUUCCAAGAAGCUAUGUAUCGCAUUUGGAGGAAAGAGUGGCCUUUUUGGAGAAGCAGUUGGCUAGUGGUGCCCAGUCGCAGUCAUCAUCAGGGGAAUCUAGCAGGAAACGAAAGGCCGACGGGGACAUGGUUAGUUCGUUAACUUCCCGGCCGUCGCAAGAUCUUUCGAACUAUCAGGCGAAUGGCCAGAAUAUCAGUGUCGUAGGGUCGAGACAGAACUCAGAAGGACAGGUAUUCACUGGAGCGAUUGAGCAGGGAGAUGCUACUCAGGAAGUCUUACUCGGCCCUAGUGGGAAGGAUAUCUCUUUUGCGGAGUUGAUGUUCGCGGCUGUUAAAGUCAGUAGCAAGACGGGUGGCCACCUACCAGCCAAAGUUGCCUCCUUUCGUGGUAAAAUGCCCGAGCACUGGAAGAACAACACUGGGCCCAACGAAGAUGGUGACGCCCUGCCGCCUACCACUGCGGACCUUCAAACAGUUCUACAAAAACCUGUCCCUGCAACAUUUCCCGAUAGAACAACGGCUGAGAAACUCGCUCUUGCCUAUUUUAACCAAGCGAACCCCCAAAUACCAAUACUACACAGAACAAUCUUCAUGGCAAAACUCAAGACUGUUUACGAUUGGCUUGCAGAACGCCCCGGAUACAAAGAGACAGACCUUCCGGAAGAAUACACCCCAAUGCUAUACUAUAUGAACAUGGUCUGGGCAAUUGCCACCGGGAUGAACGCAAACUACCAGUCAAUGCCGGAGAAGUUCCACGCUGCCGCGAUGAAAUAUAUCGAUACAAUAUUCUCGGCAUCGAACAGAUUAGACACGCUAAAGGGCGUUCUAUUACUGGCCCUGUACAGUCUAAUGCGGCCAGCAGUGCCUGGAGUGUGGUAUGUUGUUGGAUCUGCUUUGAGAAUAUGCAUUGAUCUAGGUCUGCAUCAAGAGACCCCCCAGGUGCUUCGUGUCCUAGAUGCCUUGACUAUCGACACACGGCGACGGUUAUUCUGGUGUGCCUAUUCCCUAGACCGGCAGGUCUGCGUGUAUCUCGGACGGCCGUUUGGAAUAUCGGAUGACGCUAUCAAAGUCCCUUUCCCAGAAGAUAUAGAUGACAGCUUGAUAUCAGAAUACGGUAUCCUUAAGGAACAUCCAAAUGCGCUCAACAAGAGCUCAAGGACGAUCGCGUGUCAUAUGUUUAGAAUACGACAGUUACAAUCGGAGAUACAAAAGAUUCUUUACCAGCAAAGUGAACUUCCUAGGGAAUUUAACUCCAUUGGUCAUUGGAGGAAGGACAUGGAACGGAGGCUGCAUGAUUGGACCAUAUCGGUACCAAAGAAAGAUAAUGAGGCAAAUUGUGGCUACAAUAUGGGCUUCAUCGAUUUGAACUACCAACAAACACGGUUAUUGCUAUACGGACUAAGCCCGGCAGUUCCUAAACCGGAUACGGCGGCAUAUCUUGUGAUCUCCGACGCUGGUGAUCGUAUUAUCAAGGCGUAUAGGUCUUUACAUCGAGCAAAGAGCAUCAAUUAUACAUGGCUAGCCUGCCAUAACCUUUUUACAGCUGGAACGUCGUAUCUAUGCGCCCUCUGGCAUAGUCCGGAAGUACGAAAGCGGACCACAGUCGAUCAAAUCGACCACAACGCCAUGGCUUGUAGAUCAAUCUUUGAAUCAAUGCAAGAGCGGUGCCCCGCCGCCAUCGGCUGUCGGGAUGUUUUUGAAAAUCUCGCGUCCGCCACAAUACAACUCUGCAGCAAAAAAGGUGAUCUUCUCGGAGGCGGCCACCCUACUAAACGAAUAAGAGGCGAGAAUAGUUCUUCACGUCGGACUACUGAAAAGACUGCCCUCGAGCCUGUUCAUCAUGCCCUCCCAGCCAGCCUAGCCAACAUCGUUCACCAUGUCCCUUCACCCCCUCCGAGUGAGAGCAUCCUUACUCCUAUCUCACAGCCACGCCACACCCCGAGUGUCCACGAAUCCACACCUCUAUCUGCAUACGAUGUCUUCCAGCAGGAUCCCUUAGCUAUUAGUCCGUCGCUUCAACAACAGCAACCCAUGGCACCGCCCGUAAACCAUUACUCGCGCUCUUUACAACAAUCUCCUCCAGCUCUCCACGACCCCUUCGUCCUAUCCCCACCUUCACAAUCUCCAAUUUCACACCAACAGGCCGUAAUAAGUCCCGGUGCCCAUUCCCACCACUCAUCAAUAUCCAUGCAAUCACCGCACUCCGCCCAAGAUUCACUAUUUUCUCCACACUCCGGCUUUCUUCCGGAAAACAAUCCAAAUCUAGAACAAAUAAUGCGCACAGCAACCGAACUUAGCAAUGAUACUUCUUAUAAUAUAUUUAAUAGCGGAUAUGCAGAUGAUAGUACUGGUACUGGGAACGGAGAGGAUGGAAUGGGCGGAAAGAUGUAUCAGCUGAUGAGUGAUGUUGGGGGUGGAUCGAUCUGGGGGGAUCAAUUUAUGUUCGAACUUGGGGAUGGAAAUGGUGGUGGUAGUGGUGGUGGUGCUAGUACCGCUGGCGGGUACGCGGUUGGGUAUAAUGGGACGUUGAGUAUGAUGGGUGGUGGGGGUGUGGGAGGGGCUACAGAUCAUUUUAAUAAUUUCGUGGGGUUUUCUGGGGGUUUGUAA